AUGGGCCUGAGGCUCAGGACCAUGCAGGUCCACUGCUGUGCUGUUCGUCUUUGUGCUCUGGUCUACUUCUUUGCCUUCUUGGGGAAUGUGGUGGACGGGCCCAUCAUGUGGAAGCUCGAAGCUCCGGCUGGGUACACGUCUGGGGUUUUAGUCCGCCUGAACGAGAUCGCACUCAUUCCGGCAGUCCUGGUGUUUUUGAGGCCCUGGUGUUGGCCAGCACUUUGUUUUUGCUGGAAGAUCUGGCACGACACAACCCGUGCUGGUGGAUUCUGGUUCUUCUUCGGAUGGGAUCAAAUGAUGGAUGAAAUUGGCUUCCUCAGCUGUCUCUUGUCCGUGACCCUCACACUGUACGACCAUGAUGGUCAGGCUGAAGACAACCAACAGUCCAGCACCUCUUCGUCGGGCUCCAGUGGUGCAGCAGAGCACCUAACGCCAGGACAACAGGAGGAGCACGAGCCCGUAUUGCAAGCCGAGAAGGCCCAGAACAGCCCCGCCUUGCGCAGCCGGAGGCCUGCGAGCGAGCGCGCAGGCAGAGCCGAAGAGGCAAUGAAGCGCGGCGCCACUGACCUCACAGAGGACGUGAUGGCCUUGUCAGUGUGGCAGCUUCUGUGGCACCCACUUGACCCGAAGCCUGAAGGCCUUGAGCGGUGCCACGCAGUGGUGGAUUGGGCGAGAAGCAUGGCGGAGAUCUCACUUUCACUGGCAAGCUUCCGUCUCUUCUUUGCAGCCGGCCUGAUUAAGAUGCGGGCAGGAAGCCCAUGUUGGAAGGAUCUGACAUGCUUGUACGACCACUACGAGACACAGCCGAUGCCAAAUUCUGCGGCAUGGUAUUUCCACAAUUACACGCCGCGGCCCUUCCUCCGAAUCAUGCAGUGGUUCGCAAUAGAUGUGUCGGAAUGCAUCGUUCCAUUCCUGCUUCUGGGUUUUGCAGUGAGCAUGGGGCCUCUUGGCGUCUUGCGGCGUGAGCUACUACGAGGGGAUGAGUGGUAUCUCCAGUGGCUAGCAUGCUUUCCAGCGCGAUUGGUGGGAUCUGUCACCAUCAUGACCUUUGUUUUUGGUAUGUUCGUUGGCGGCAACUACGCCUUCCUGCAUCCUUUGUCGCUGGUGGCCCUGGUGGCUUCCAUGGGAAUUGUUGAAGGAGUUCCAAUGCAGAAGAAGUCCGUGUCCCCUGAGAAAGCCGUUUACCGCUUGGUCAUGCCGUGGCUGACGCUUCUUCUGUUACUCUUCGCGUUUCUUCCCAGCCUUCGAGCCUUUGCCUGGCUGUCAAUGGGGAACGAGAGGCUCGGCAUCCUGGAACCUCUCGCCCAGUCCGGCUUCGUCCGAGCAGCCGGACAGAUGAACCUUGGAAUUGCUUACAACCACCAUGCGUACUUCGCCGGUGCCGUCCAUACACGAAAUGAGAUGGUUCUUUUUGCCGAUGCCGGCGAAGGCUUGAUCGAGUUGGACAUCCCGUACAAAGUCGGCCGCCCGGACCGUGCACCCCGCCAGACCAGUCCCUUACAUCGGCGCUUCGCCUGGCAGUGGUGGUUCCUGGCUCUGGGCAGCGAUCCUUCCUGGCUGAUGUCCUUUAUGGAGCUGCUUUGUCACAGAGAUAGAGUGGCGUGGGAGGCGGUGGAAUGGAACGACAAGGUGCAUGCCAACCUCAGCAAGCUCCAGAAAGUCUCAGUCCAGAUGUACACUUACCACUUUUCCAAGCCUGGUUCUUCUGACUGGUGGAGCAGAGAGUUGCUCCGUGGCCAUGGGCUGGAGAUCUCCUGCGUUUGA